AUGGCUAUCUUUCUUGAUAUGAUCGAAAGGUUUAUGGAGGUUUUUAUAGAUGACUUCUCGGUUUUUCGGUCCUCUUUUGAAGAUUGCUUGUCCAACUUGGAUCUAAUGUUAGAAAGAUGUGAGAAAACCAACCUUGUCCUUAAUUGGGAGAAGUGUCAUUUUAUGGUGAAGGAAGGAAUUUUGUUAGGACACAAGGUCUCAAGAAUGGGGAUAAAGGUGGAUAGAGCAAAGGUGGACACUAUAGCCAAAUUUCCACCUCCAACAAAUAUCAAGGGGGUAAGAAGCUUUUUAGGCCAUGCGGGGUUUUAUAGGUGCUUUAUUAAAGACUUUUCCAAGAUCACAAGACCCUUGACUCAACUACUUUUGAAGGACGCCCCAUUCAACUUUUCUAAAGAAUGUCUUGAAGCCUUUAAUUUGUUGAAGGAAAAGUUGACUACUUCACCUAUAAUGGUAGCUCCAAAUUGGAGUCUCCCUUUUGAGCUAACGUGUGAAGCUAGUGACCUUGAGUUGUGGGAGCUGUUUUGGGACAAAGAAUUAACAAGCAUUUUCAUCCAAUCUAUUAUGCAAGCAAGACAUUUAAUCUGA